CGUAAACCCAUCUACAUCUCGCUGGUACGCGAUCCUCUGGAUAGGAUAGUUCACAACUAUUAUGACCAACGCACUCUCAAGAAGUUAGUUCUUAGUCGCAGCAUUUACGCAGGAUUUCCGCAAAAGACUAACGAUUGGUACAAGCAGACCUUCAGUGAAUGCGUUCGCAGUGGAAGUCCCGAGUGCCGAUAUAUUCAAUAUGCAAUUAUGGAUCCUGUGAAUGAUUUUAGGAGACAAUCUUUGUUCUUUUGUGGAAAUCACGAAGAUUGUUUGUGAGUAGCAUUUCAUAUUGAAGCUCUUGCUUAGUUACAAGUGCCAACAUUCCGUCACUCCGCAGACCCUUUAAUACUCCUCGAGCUGUGCAAAUGGCCAAGUACCAUGUAGAGACGGAAUACGCCAUUGUUGGCACCUGGGACCAACCGAAUAUAACUCUGACCGUGCUGGAGAAAUACUUACCACGAUAUUUCAAUCAUGCUCGCAAACUAUACAAUUUACACAAAGAAAGUUUCCCUAGGCUUCAUCGUCAUGCAGUGGAUGCGGAUGUUAAAGCCUUGGUAAUGCGUAAUUUAACCCAUGAGUAUGAUUUUUAUAAUUUCUGCAAGCGGCAUCUAUAUAAGCAAUAUCUGGCCCUACAGUUGGAGAGUAAUCUCAGAUAAGCUUCGUUGAACUUUGCUUUAUACCAAAUAAUAAUUGAAAAAUAAAAAUUGUAUUAUAAUUUAACUUUGUCUACUUAUUUUCCCAACAAAUAUCGGUAACUUGCAAGAAAAUUCGCCGUGCUUGUUUACGGUUUGUCCUUUGCAUUUUUUACCCUUGCUCUUAAAAAGAGCUUUCUUAGUUUUGGCAAUAGAUCUCAAAGUAAAUAUCAAACACCAAGGAACUUGAGGUAACUAUACAGUAUGCUCUACUUAUGAUUGACACUGAAUACUUUAUGUGGCAUUGACUCGUCAAUUAAUAAAAUUGUU